ACACCAUCUUUGGCGUCUUGACUCCUCUGCGCAUGCGCACCCCCAGGUCAUGUUGAUGAAUGCUGAAACUGGGUACUAGUCAACAUGUCCACCACUGCUGCUCCACAAAACAAUAACGAAGAGCCCGGACUUCACGGAUCCUGGGUAGAGUUGGAGUUGAAUGGAAAUACCAGAGCUCAGGGCAUGCACACAAGCUUGCAGAUGACACAGAGUGUGGACCAAAUGAAUGCAAACGCUGGCAUAAGUCAAACCUUGGAAGUGGUGCCUGAGAUUGAUGAAACCCUUAUUGGCGGAUUAGAACAUGUUCCAUCGUCCUCCUCCAUUCACAAUGGCGACAUGGAGAAGAUCCUCCUCGAUGCACAGCACGAAUCCAGCCCCAGUAACUCCUCUUGUGACAGUCCACACAGGCCAACAAGCCCUGACCAAGAUGAGGGUCAGAUCACCUUUGAUGUGGACAUGUCUAGUCCAAGAGGUAGUCAGUCAGAAGAAGAGGGCACCGACAAAGACAGAGAGGAUGACAUCCUCAUGAACAAAGAAGUAGAGUGGGUUGCUGAUUGGUCCAGCAGGCCUGAAAAUAUUCCACCAAAGGAGUUCCACUUCAGGCACCCUCGGCGUGCAGUUUCACUUAGUAUGAGAAAGAGUGGCGUCAUGAAGAAAGGCGGCGUAUUCUCUGCUGAAUUCCUCAAAGUUUUCAUCCCGUCUCUUCUCAUUUCACACAUCCUUGCUCUUGGAAUUGGGGUGUACGUUGGUAAAAGAAUUGCCACAGCCUCCGCCAGCUCUUUCUGAGUCAAGAAUGAAGCAGUGCCUGGAUGUCAUCCUGUCUUUCAAGCACCCUGCUAUUCCAUGGCCCUCCGCAGUCAUCGUGCACCCACAUGUCCCCCCCAAUCAGCCUUAGAUUCUGUCACAUUGAAAGUGUAUUCACACACAUGUUGUAAUGUGGUUGCACUCCUUCACAUCUUGACCCGGGGCAUCCCAGUUGACUUGUAUCUAGUCGAUACUAAUUCCUGUUCAAGAUGGGAAAUAUCAUGUUCAAACACAAAUGUGACAAGAGUUUGUCAGCUAUCAGUCAGCUAUAGAGUUGGGAGUCGGUCUCCGAUAUUUUGCGCCUUGUUUUUUCUUUUCUGUUUUUUUUUGUGUGACCAGACAUCUGGCCUUUCAGUUCCCACAGUCUGUGAACCAAAAACGUGCGCCAUAUCUUCAGUAUGAACAAAAGUACAGGUAGUAAUGUCCAAGGACAGAAGGAGUUUGUAACGCCUUAACUUUUUGAGCUAAACUGGUGCAGUUGUCACAUAGAAACAACUCUGCACGGUGGAAUCCCACAUUUUUUUCUGUGCUUUUGAUUUUUAAAGCUUUAUGUUUGGAAGUUUGAAAUCUUAAAUCUUGAUCUACAGUGUAGCGAAUGAGUUUUGCAUUUUGUGGUAUUUUGAGUAUGUAAUAAGAAUGGAACAUGGGCCACGUGGCAAUUUACCAGGCCAUAUGCUAUUUUUAUUUCUACAUUAUAUUUCUUUAAACACUGUGUGCAGCAACAACAGAGUGUCAAAUUCAUAUCUUCUACCACUGCACAUUGGUGAUGUGUCAUUCGACUGACAUGUUUAGAUGUGUAGAUGUGGAGAUACUUUAAGCUGUGCUCUGCUCCAACUUGUAGAAACCUCCUGACAUUGUUUUAACAAUACAUUGAUAUUAUUGCAAAUGAUAUCUGCAUAUAUGUAAGUGUCAGUGAUGUGUUUUUGCUGUCAUCUACUUGAGUCAUUGCUUGAGGCAGAAACCACCACUCAACAUGUUUCCAUGAGCCUGUUUGAAUCUAGUUUUUGCUGUCUAAUUAUUUCCAUUAGUGUGUUUAAUAUGUACAGUGUACUUCUAUAGAAAAUAUACAAUAAGUAGAUAAGCAUUUCCUAAUGUAAGUGCAUGUAAUUUCUGUAUAUUGAUGCCAAUUGAUGAAGAUGGAUAAUUGGGUGACCUGUCAGUGUUUUUAAGUUGACAUUCCCGUUAUGUGAAAAUGACAAAUUUUUUUGACUGCUGUGAUGGAUUUGGUUUUGAAACACAUACUAACUCACUCAUCUUCAGUAUUUUGGUAUGGGCUUGUGUACAGUUAAGGCGGUGACUUGCAUUUAAAGUAUGAAGUGCCAUAAGGAAAUGUAUAGUCAGUAGAACUCAAAACACUUAGUGUGUCAUCAUUGACAUGGGCUUCUGCACAGCUGGUAAGCAAUCAGUAGAAAAUAAUGGAAACCAUGGACUGACUUUGUACUUAAUAAAGCUGAAACAAAUA